CAGGUGAGACUUGGAUUCAGGUCUCCCACAUCUGGAGUCACUGGGCUCUGCUGGCUCUGCUCCCAGCUGCAGAGGGCCGACCGCCAGAAAGCCAUGUGUUCAGGACUAGACGGCAAACGCCUAUAGCAGCAUCGAAAGGGAAUGAGCAGCCUCCACGGCUCCGGCAGGCCCCGGCAGGGUCCCAGCCACAGCUGACCCCUGAGGACGCUGGCGAUGCAGACAGAGCGGCCCAGAAGGAGAAGCUCCAUGCAGAGCUGAAGCGGGUUCUCCAGAGGAAGGGCGAGAGCCAGCGCAGCCCCGAGGAGGAGGAGGAGGAGGAGGAGGAGGAGGAGGAGGAGCCCCCAAGCGAGAUGGAGGCACAGCUCAGCGCCAUGGAGAAGACCAUUGAGACAUCUGAACUGCUGGAGGUCAUUGUGGAGACGGAAGCAGAGGCCGGGGUCAGCGGAAUGAGUGUGGCCGGGGGAGGCAAGGGAGGCAUUUUCGUCAAGGACGUGCUGAAAGACUCACCAGCCGCUCGGGUGCUGAGCCUCCAAGAAGGUGACCAGCUCCUGAGCGCCAGAGUUUAUUUUGAUAACAUCAAGUUCGAAGACGCCUUGCAGAUCCUCAGGUGUGCCAAGCCGUACAAGAUCUCCUUCUGCCUGAAGCGGACGGUGCCCAGCAGAGACGUCUCCCGCCAGCCUGGCGCACCCACCUUCGAAGUGAGAGGCCCCAAGGCCAAAGUGGCCAAGCUGAACAUCCAGAGCCUAUCAGUGCUGAAGACUAAGACGAAGAAGAAGAAGAAGAAAGGCCUGGCCAAGGACCUGCGGGAGGCAGAGGGCCGCGGCAGCCACGGGGACCUGGCAGCCGGCAAGCUGGACCUGGCGCCAGUGGACGUGGAGUUCUCCCUGCCCAAGUUCUCCAAGCUGCGCAAGGCCAGGAGUGCCGGGGAGGUGGCAGCCGCUGAACCCAGCCCAGACCGCUCUCCGCACCUCUCUUCCCUGGAGACCAAGCGGCGCAGGCUGAAGUUCCCCCGGCUGAAGGUCAAGGAAGCGGCAGCUGCGGCCGUGGGAGCAAGAGCCGAGGGAGCCCGGGGUCGCCUGGGGGCUGGGCUGCUGCCCAAGAUGGCCAUGGAGCUGAAAGCAGGAGCCAAAGGGGAAGCGGAGGGGAAGGUCCCCAGGUUCACUGUGCCCUUCUCGAAGGCCAGGAAGGCCAAGGAAGAGGCAGCGGCAGCCAAAGCGGACGCCGGAUUCCAGGCCCCGCAGGUGGAACUUGACCUCCCUCCGCUGCCAAAAGUGGGUGCCAGAGCAGAGUCCCCCAAGGCCAGUGCCAAGGGGGAAGGCUUCAGGCUCCAGCCCCCUCAGUUUGGGCUGCCCAAAGUGGAGACAGUGCUGCCCAAAGUAAGUUCUGUGGGGCUGGAGGUCCCAGAAGGCAGCAUCCGUGCUGGGCUGAAGCUCCCCGUGGCUGAAGUGGUGGCACCUAAGCUUGACGUAGACCUGAGCCUUCCCAAACUGGAGGGAGCAGCCCCAGAAGUUGCCCCCAAAGGGGAAGGCUUCAGAAUCAAAGUCCCCAAGUUCGGGGUCUCUGCAGAGGAGGCCGAGCUGAAACUGUCCUCCGUCAAGGCCCCGACCCUCGAAGUCACCCUAGGGAAAGGCAGAGCCAGAGCGGAAGAGUCGGAGGAGAAGCUGAAGCCAGGGGUGACGAUGCCGGCCCUGGAUGUGGAGGCCCCCUCAGUGGACCUAGAGUUCCCCCUGCCCACGGGCAAGGAGGAGGUGGCAGCCCCAGUGGUCUCUGCCAAGAUCCCCUCAGUCAGCCAGCCCAGGCUGGGCUCCAGAGCCCCAGAAGAAGGGGGAAGCAGAUUGCCCCAGGUGGAGCUCAGUGUGGGGAAACCAGAGAGCCCCAAGCUCAAAGCCAGAGGCCCCACGAUCCAGAUCCCUGGCUUGGGGCUUUCCCUGAUGGACCACAAGCUGGAGAGCAAAGAGGGGGCAGUGGAGAGCAAAGCAAAGUUCCCUGGGGUGAAGGUGCCGUCCCUGGACCUCUCGCUUCCCAAAGCCGGUGACCUGCAGCGUCCAGCGGUCGCGGGAGAGCCGCUUGCCCCUGCCAGGAGGGUGAAGUCAGAAGAGGCUGCUGAAGGGGCGGGGUUCAAGUUCCAGAUGCCCCAAGUAUCGCUCCCCAAAUUUGACCUCCCUGCCAAGGCAACACCCUCCCCGCCCCAAGUCCGUGCCAAGUCGCCGAAGCCUGAAGGUGACUCUGGCACGAAGGUCGGUGUCCCAGAAGUGGCGCUCCCCUUGCUGUCGGUGAAAGUGCCAGACGUGCAGCUCCCCAGGGUGCCGCUGCAGAAGCCAGAGCUGUCCCUCUCCGUGGAGACGCCUGAGGUGGAGCUGGCCCUUCCCUCAGCCCGGCUGAGCUCCCCCUCUGCUGCUGCGCCCACACUCAAAAUUGACUUGCCCAAAGUUGGAGUUGAGCUGGAUUUGCCCAAGGUGGGAAGAGACCCUGCGCUCUCCGAGCAGCCCCUCCCAGACCACGAAGCCACGUUGCGGCUGCCCACGCUCGAGACAAUAAGCAAAGGCUUGGGGGUGGAGAUCUGUGUCCCCACAUGCCAGGUGGACCAGCCGGAGCCGGAGCCCAGUGGGAGGAGGGUGUUUGAGGGGCCGGAUGUCGGCGGGAUGGUGGCCCGAGUCCCAAAGGUGGACCUUGCUUUGGGGAAGGAGCUGGAAGUGGCCGAAUGGGAGCCAGGGACUGAGGUCAGCCUGGGCCUGCGGGGCAAAGCACUGCUGAAGGCCGGCCUGGGGCUGGAAGGCUCCGCCGUGGGCCCCAAGGCGAAGCUGCCUUCGGUAGAGAUCCCGGCCGUCAAGCUGCCAGACAUGACCGUCGAGAGCGGCAAACGCCUCGAAGCCGAGUCCAAGCUGAAGUCGACCAAAUUUGCCCUCCCCAAGUUCAGCAUUUCUGGCCCCAAAGUCCGGAAAGCGAGCCCCGAAGCACCCAGGGCCGAGGGCCCAGAAGCUGCUGACAAAGGCUCCAAGCUGAAAAUGCCAAAGUUCGGGAUCUCUUUCCCCAAAUCCAAGUGGGGGGCAGAGGGGGACGUCCCCAAACUAGGCCUCAGCAUCGAAGGGAGAACAGCCCAGGAGGCCUCUGGUGUGGCCUCUGAGCCUCAAGUGGGUGUGGAUUCUUCUGAGAGCAGAAUGAAGUUGCCCACGGUGGAUGUGGAGAUGCCCACAGUGGCCGUGGGCAUUGCCCUUCCCAAGGGCUCUGGUGAAGAGGCCGCAGGCACCUCCCCGGAGGUGGGCGUUGACCUCCCGGACAUCCAGCUGAGAGUGCCAAAAUUCUCACUGCCCAAGUUUGGAGGCAAAGGCAAGGAGAGCGAUGCUGAGGGCAGGGAGCUGGGCCUGAAGGGGGCCAAAGCCAAAGCAUCCAAGUUCAAGAUGCCUUCCUUCGGCGUGAUGCGCAGAGACGGGGAGGCGUCAGGCCUGGGGGCGGAGGCCAAGGCCAAGCAGGGUCCUGGAAGCCCCAGGGAGAAGCCGCAGGGCCCCUUCGGGAAGGUGCCGAAGCUGACGAUGUCCUCCCCCACCGUGGCGGAAGCGGACAAAGGGCAGCUGAGCCUCCAGCCCCCGGAACUGGACGUGAAAAUCCCCCAGGUUGAGCUACUCAAGGUCAGCACCAAGGAGGCCAGGGUGGAGGAGGGGCUGCUCACGGGGGCGGAGAGCCCCGGCCUCAAGGCCAAGAUGCCGUCGCUGGAGAUUGCCAUGCCAGGCCCCGGAGCCGGAGGGGAGAAGCCGGUGGUGGAUGUCUCGGAGGCGGACAUCCGCCGUUACGAGGGAGAGCUGAAGAUCCCCAAGGUGCCUUCCGUCGCUGUGUCUGCCCCCAGGGUGGAGCUGGGCAUUAGCCUACCCACCACCGGUGCGGAGGAGCCCGGGCCUCACGGAACCCCCAGCGCGGAGGCCAAGAUCAGGCUGCCGAAGGUGGAGCUGCCAAAGUUUGGGAGGGGCGAGGAGGACAGGGCAGAGGCCGCAGUGCAGCUGCUUGGGCGGAGGCUCAGCCUGGGGAGGGAAGGGGAGAGCGGGGCAGAGGGGGCAGCUGAAGCCUCCCUCCUGGGUGCCAAGAUCCGCGUGCCCAAAGUGGACCUCUCCUUGCCCAAGGCGAGACUUUCGGAUGCGGAGCUGCCCCUGACCGGGGCAGGAGAGGUGGCCGGCACAGGGCUUGAAGGCAAGUUCAAGAUGCCUUCGUUUGGGCUUCCAAAGUUCUCAGCCCCCAAAAUGAGGGCCCCCGACGUCAGCAGGAUGCCUAAAGUCACAGUGAGUGGUCCGGCGAUCAAGCUGCCCAAAUUUGGGGGCUCCGGCUCGGAUGGGGAAGGCGAGGCCGAGGCGGAUCUGCCCAGGGUCCCGCAGCUUGAGCUGAAAGCUCCCAAGCUCAGAGGGAGCCUGGAGGUGCUGAGCCCUGAAACCGGGGCAAAAGAAGCCAAGAUCAAGAUGCCCUCCCUUCCCCUUGGCUUUGGCCUGGGCAAGCCGGAUCUGGAAAGCGGGGCGGGAGCCGACGAGGGCAAGUUCAAGCUGAAACUCCCGUCUGUGAGCAUCUCCAAGGCAGGCACCGAGGCGAGCGCGGACACCCAGCCCCUCUGCCCCCCUGCGGAGGGGGCAGACUUCUCCUUCCGGAUGCCCCAGAUCGCGUUGCCCGACGUGGGCUUCUCCGUGGACCAAGAGGGGAAGAGCGAGGCCAAGGGGGAAGCGGGGAAGCUGGCGGGGGUGGCUGACCUGGAGGUGGGUGGGGGAGGGCUGAGGAUGCCCAAGGGCAAGGGGCCGGCCUCCGGGGGGUCCGGCCCCAAGGGGGAUGUGAGGGACGCAGACCUAGAGGGGAGGAAACUGGCCUUCGAGUUGCCCGGUGUGGAGCUCUCGCCCCCCGGCCUCAAAGCUCAUGCAGAGUAUGAAGUGGAGGGGGCCCAGCCCCGGCACGGGGGCUCCCAGGAGCCAGAGGGGGCUGGGCGCAGGGGUGUUGAUGGCCGGAAGAGCCCGGGGGGCAAAGGGCAGGCCGCCGAUGGCGACGCCGGGAAGAAGUACAAGGUGAAGCUCCCCAAGUUCGGCCUCUCCUUGCCCAAAGUGGGGCUGGAGGCCGGGGAAGGCCUCCCGGGGCAGGAGGCGGAGGCCAAGGGGAAGAGGCCCGCGUUUGCGCUGAGCAGGCCCAAGGGAAAAGGGGCCGAAGGCUCCUCUGGGCUCCUGGAGGGGGAGGCUGAGGCCGACAGCAGGGGGGGCAUGAUGGCCAGGCUGAAGCUGCGGCCUGCCUUUGGCCUCUCCCUCUCCAAGCCCAGGACGGGGGUGGAGGUCAACGGGGAGCCCGAGGGGCCCUCCUCCUCCUCCUCCAAGCUGAAGGUGCCCCAGCUGGGCUUCUCCGCAGCCAACGGGGAGGGCGCGGAGGCCUCGCCGCAGAACGGCAGCGCCCAAGACAGCAAGGGCAAGCUGGGCAUGAUCCGGCUGCCCCAGGUGGAGCUCUCGUCUCCUUCCAAGGCGCCCGAAGCGGACUCAGAGCUGAACCUGCAGCUGGUGAGAGCCGAGGAGGCGGAGGCGGCCGUGGCCCAGGGCGGCUUGGGCGCCUUCACGGCUCUGAAGGCCGCCAAGUUCAGGUCGCCCAAGAUCAGCUUGUCGGGCUUCAAGAAGCGCAAUGGGGAGGCGGAGGCGCCUGGGGCCAUGGUCUCCUCUGCUGCCCGAACGGAGAUGGCGUCUUUGGAAAGCGCCAAGGGGGAGAAGUCCCCAAAGUUCAGGUUCCCCAAGCUGGCGCUCAGUCCCAAAGCCCAUGGGGUGCUGGAGAUCUCCUCUGAGCACCCGGAGGACGAGGGGGGGCUGAAGAUCAAGCUGCCCACGGUGGGUUUCUCUGGGGAGGUCAGCUCUGAGGAGCAGGUCCUGGAGGCUGUGGGGAGCCCUGGGAGGGUUGCGUGAGGUGGGCCCUCCUGCACGCCCGGCAAGGCGGCCCUUGCUCUCGGUCACGCUUUCUUCCUCUGUCAUGUUUCGCACUAACCACAAGGGGAGGGGGCGGCCUUGGCACUGGGCAGGGGGGGGAGGGAAGCGUCUGGGUCCCCCCCCCCGUAUGGUGGCCUCCGUUCCCUUUGCCAGUCCCUCCAUGGAGGCCACUGCAGCUCCAUGGCCGGGCGCCGUUUUCUCAAUGUGAAUGAAUGUUCCCGUGCCGCUUGCUGGCUCCUCUUUCGGUCUUAAACUGCCCCCUUCCAGCCCCCAAGAAGGACCUGGCAAGCAGCUAACCCUCCAGUUCCCCCCCCCUCUCUUGGCCUUUGACGCUUUCUGACUUUGGGGUUAGAAUUCGAUUUGGGGGGCAGGCUUGCUUGGAACGCUUCGUGCCCUUUACCUGACAUUGACACCUAACCAUCGAUGAAGGGCGCUUUGGAAGACCUGGUCCUCUUCCCCCCUUUACCUCAGUGGCUGCUUUUAUACAACUUAAGUUAAGAAUUCCAGGGGUGGGGGGAGGAGAAGAGGGCAUUUUGGUGCUUCCAGAUGGAGGGCUAGAAAUUACGAGGCCUUGUACAGUUCUUCUCUCUUUUUCUCCUUUACGGACUUCUGCGUUAAGGAAAAAGAUGGAAGACGUGGUAAGAAAACACUGCUGGGUUCAGACAACAUGAUAACCAACAGUGGUUUAAGUAGUCAACCAUCAGUUGAGUGGUCAGCAGUUGGUUAGUGUGUGGUCUGUCGGGCUCAGUGGACUAUUUUGCAAGGUCGAGGGGACUGUUUUGGCUGGCAACAAAGUUCCUGGGCAAGAGUGGCCAAAACCACACUGGACGCUCUGCUACAGCCGGCACAACUCACAGAGGCUGUUGGGAUAGCACCAGGAGGAGGGAGAGCAGGGAGAGGGGCGGGGGCUGUGUCAGUCAAACACCGGGUUGACUAUUAGUCCACUCGACACCAGCCCCAACCACUCCAUAGUUGUGUAGGAACAUGUUGUGUGGGGAGUACUUGCAAAAUAACCAACUGUGAGUUGUCUAUUAACCCACCAUUGACUAAAGCGUUGUCUGAAUGCAGACUGUGUGUGUCUGUAUGUAACUACUGGAAGGAGAUACAAUCCAGACCCCCCCUCCCCCAUCAACAUUGGUGAAUGAGGCAGGACGAGGGCACCCUAAAUGCCUCAUCUGGAAGCAACCAUGGAGAGGAGAGGACUGUGGUCAGUACAGGGACCUUUUCAAAGAUGGAAAUGACCUUGCUAACUUGGUUAUUAGGGGAAGCUGGAUUGCAGGAGAUCUUGGUCCUGGCAUGUGGAGGACACAUUCAG